GAGAGAGGAGAAAGAGAGAGGGGAGAGUGGGAGGACCAGAGAUCUGAGUGGAGGCUGAAAGAAGAGGUCGAGCUAGGGGAAAGUAAAGGAGAGUUGGGGGCCCUGAAGGAGGGGAACAGUGCAGAGUCCUCAUCAGGAGAGAAGGAGCGACCGCAGUGGGAAUGUGGAAGGGGGGGAACCAGGAAGCAGUCAUUGAGGGGGCAGGUGCAGAGUUGGGGGGACAAGGGAGCUGGGGUCUGGAAGAUGCCCCAGGGCUCUUGGCCAGGGCAUCCUUGCCUACUAUGCUUCCAUGGCCGCUGCCCCUGGCCUCCUCAGCUCUUACAUUGCUCCUUGGAGCCCUCACUUCCCUGUUCCUCUGGUACUGCUACCGCCUGGGCUCCCAAGACAUGCAGGCCCUGGGGGCUGGGAGCCGAGCUGGGGGUGUCAGUGGGGCUGGUGGAUGCCCUGAGACUGGCCGACUAGGCCCAAGGGGCUCUGGGGAUCCAAGGGAAGGACCCAGGACAGAAGGCCUAGUGAGCAGGCGGCUUCGGGCCUACGCCAGGCGCUACUCCUGGGCUGGGAUGGGAAGAGUGAGGCGGGCGGCUCAGGGAGGCCCAGGCCUCCCAGGAGGGACAGGGGUGCUGGGUAUUCAGCGCCCAGGCCUGCUUUUCCUACCAGACCUGCCUUCAGCACCCUUUGUGCCACGGGAUGCCCAACGGCAUGACGUGGAGCUCCUAGAGAGCAGCUUCCCCGCCAUUUUGCGGGACUUUGGGGCCGUGAGCUGGGACUUCUCAAGGACUACCCCUCUGCCUCGCGGCUGGUCCCCACCCCUGGCCCCUGGGUGCUACCAGCUCCUGCUGUACCAAGCAGGCCGGUGCCAACCCAGCAACUGCCGACGGUGUCCGGGAGCUUAUCGGGCACUCAGGGGGCUGCGAAGCUUCAUGAGUGCUAAUACAUUCGGCAAUGCUGGCUUUUCUGUUCUCCUGCCUGGGGCCCGGCUUGAGGGCCGCUGUGGGCCCACCAAUGCUCGAGUCAGAUGCCAUCUGGGCCUGAAGAUCCCCCCUGGCUGCGAACUGGUGGUUGGUGGUGAGCCUCAGUGCUGGGCUGAGGGGCACUGCCUCCUGGUGGACGACUCCUUCUUGCACACAGUGGCUCACAAUGGAUCCCCCGAAGAUGGGCCUCGAGUGGUCUUCAUUGUGGACCUCUGGCACCCCAACGUGGCUGGGGCUGAACGCCAGGCCCUCGACUUUGUCUUCGCACCAGACCCUUGAAAGAAGGUGCUCGCUCCCUUCUGGCACCUGAGCUGGAAUGAUGCUGCACUCAACAACAGUUUGGGUGGUGAAGACCUCUUCCCCACUGUGAAGGGAUGGGAGGGUGCUGGGGUGGGAUUUAACCAGCCAGCACUGAAAUACAAAUUCUGAAUCCUC